UCCCCGCGCGCAGCCAGCGGGGCGGGCUCUGCUCCACACAAAGGCGCAGCGUUGGGAAAAUGGCGGCCACGGCGGCGGUAGCGGCGGCCUCGGAAAGUGCCGGCGGCAAAAUGGAGGAGCCGGCGGCAGCAGCAGCCGCGGCGUCGACCACGACAGCGACAACGACGACGACGACGGCGGUGGCGGCGGCAACGGCGGCGGCUCCGCCACCAGCACCUAACGGGGCAGGCGGUGUCGGGGAUGCGCCCCCCAAGAGUGAAGGUGAACGACCAAGCCAAAAUGAAAAAAGAAAAGAGAAAAGUGUCAAAAGAGGAGGAAAUCGCUUUGAGCCAUAUGCUAAUCCUGCUAAAAGAUACCGAGCUUUUAUUACAAAUAUUCCAUUUGAUGUGAAGUGGCAAUCUCUGAAAGACCUGGUCAAAGAGAAAGUUGGUGAGGUAACAUACGUGGAGCUCUUAAUGGACGCUGAAGGAAAGUCAAGGGUAAGUGUUUGAGAGAUUUCUUCUGUGGAUUUUCUACAUGACAAAUGUAACUGUAUGGUGGCGUGGAACGAAACGAAGUCAGGAAGGUAGAGAGUGUGUAUGCAGAGUGGCUAUAACAGGAUUGCUUAAAGCUGCUUUUUGGGGUGGG